CCAAGGAGGGCGGCUUUUUCGGUUCCUGUGGCGCUUUGUUUCUGCUGCGUGGUUGUUGGGGAGAACUUGCCGCUGUGCUGACCGCGCUCUUCUGGACAAGGUGUCCAUGAAGAUAAAUUUUAGAAUUUUUGGCCCCUUUUACAUGAAAAGAAAACAUACUGGAAUGUUGAUGGGACAUUUAUAUCAGUGACAGAGAUAACACUUCAUUUUGAUGAAUUUUGGGAAAGUGGUCAUCUUUGUAAAGCUAUAAUUUAAGAAACCUCUGUCCAGGAUUAAGAAAAUGAAUCCAUUUUUGGAGUUCAUGUCAUUUGAGGAUGUUGCUAUGGACUUUACCUGGGAGGAGUGGCAGGACCUGGAAGAUGCUCAGAAGAUUCUAUACAAGGAUGUGAUGCUGGAGACCUACAGCAACCUAGUGUUUUUGGGACAGUGCAGUGCCAAACCAGCAGUAAUCUAUAAGUUGGAGCAAGGAGGAGAACCAUGGACAUUAGAACUUCCCAACCAGAGCCUCCCAGGAGAGACAACCUAUGAAUGUAAACAAUGUAAGAAAACAUUUUUCCAGAAUUCAGACUUCACUGUACAUCAAAGGAGUCACACAGAAGAGAAACCCUGUAAAAAUAAAGUAUGUGGGAAAAUGUACAAGAAGUCACACUUCACUGUGUAUCAGACAACUCACACUGGAGAGAAAUCCUUCGAAUGUGGAGAAUGUGGAAAAUCUUUCAGUUCCAAGUCAGUCUUGAAUAGACAUUGGAAAACACACACAGGAGACAAACCCUAUGAAUGUGAACAAUGUAGGAAAAUGUUCUCCUGUAAGUCACACCUCACUCUGCAUAGGAGAACUCACACAGGAGAGAAACCCUAUGAAUGUGAACAAUGUAGGAAAAUGUUCUCCUGUAAGUCACACCUCACUCUGCAUAGGAGAACUCACACAGGAGAGAAACCCUAUGAAUGUGAACAAUGUAGGAAAAUGUUCUCCUGUAAGUCACACCUCACUCUGCAUAGGAGAACUCACACAAGAGAUAAACCCUAUGAAUGUGAGCAAUGUGGGAAAGCAUUCUCUAGCAAGGGAGACCUCACUGUACAUAAGAGAACUCACACAGGAGAGAAGCCCUAUGAAUGUGAACAGUGUAUGAAAACAUUCUCCUUUAAGUCAUACUUCACUCUGCAUAGGAGAAUUCACACAGGAGAGAAAACCUAUGAAUGUGAACGAUGUGGGAAAGCAUUCUCCAGCAAGGGAUACCUCACAGUACAUAAGAGAACUCACACAGGAGAAAAGCCCUAUGAAUGUGAACAAUGUAGGAAAACAUUCUAUUGUAAGUCAUAUCUUACUCUGCAUAGGAGAACUCACACAGGAGAGAAACUCUAUGAAUGUGAACAGUGCAGGAAAAUGUUCUCCUCAAAGUCUUACCUCACUCAGCAUAGGAGAACUCACACAGGAGAGAAACCAUAUGAAUGUGAGCAAUGUAGGAAAAUAUUCUCCCGGAAGUCAAAUCUCAUAAAGCAUCGGAUAACUCACACAGGAGAGAAAUCCCAUCAAUGUGAACAAUGCGAGAAAACAUUCUUCUGGAAGUCACAACUCAUUGAUCAUCAGAGAACUCACACAGGCGAGAAACCCUAUGAAUGUGAACUAUGUUGGAAAAGAUUCUCCAGCAAGGGAUCUCUUACUGUGCAUAAGAGAAUUCACACAGGAGAGAAACCUUAUGAAUGUGAACAAUACAGGGAAGUGUUCACAAAGGCUUACUUCGCUCUGCCUAGGAGAACUCAAACAGGUGAAGAAACCUAUGAAUGUGAGCAGUGUAGGAAAGUAUUCUCCCGGAUGUCAAAUCUCAUGAAACACCGGAUAAUUCACACAGGAGAGAAAUCCCAUCAGUGUGAACUAUGUGGGAAAGCAUUCUUCUGGAAAUCAGAACUCAUCUACCAUCAGAGAACUCACACAGGAGAGAAACCCUAUGAGUGUGAACUAUGUGGGAAAACAUUCUCCAGCAAGGGAUCCCUCACUGUACAUAAGAGAACUCACACUGGAGAGAAACCCUAUGAAUGUGAACAAUGUGGGAAAACAUUCUCCAGGAAAGGAUACCUCACUGUACAUAAGAGAACUCACACAGGAGAAAAGCCAUAUGAAUGUGAACAAUGUAGCAAAAGGUUUUACUGUAAGUCAUACCUCACUCUCCAUAGGAGAAUUCACACAGGAGAGAAACCAAAUGAAUAUCAAAGAUGUGGGCAAAUGUUCUCCUCAAAGUCACACCUCACUUCAGGAGAGAAACCGUAUGAAUGUGAGCAAUGUAGGAAAGUGUUUUCCCGCAUGUCAAAUCUCAUAAAGCAUUGGACAAUUCACACAGGAGAGAAAAUCCAUUAAUGCCAGCAAUGUGGGAAAACAUUCUUCUGGAAGUCACAACUCAUUGAUCAUCAGAGAACUGACACAGGAGAGAAACACUAUGAAUGUGAAAUAUGUGCAAAAACAUUCUUCAGUAAGGGAUCCCUCUAUGGACAUAAGAACUCACACAGGAGAGAAAUCCUAUGAAUGUGAACUAUGUGGGAAAACUUUCUCCAAUAAGGCAUUCCUCAUGGUAUGUAAGAAAACAGAGAAGAAUAGCCCCAUGAAUGAAAACAAUGUAAAAAACUAUUCUAUCAUAAGUCAGCACUUGUUAUACAUUGGACAACUCACUUAAGAGAGAAACCACAUGAAUGCAAACAAUGUAGGAAAAUAUUAUCCAGGGAUAGUGUACAUCAGAGAGCUCACAGAGGAAAGCAUCCCUCUGAAUGUAAACAAUGUGGAAAAACAUUCUCCUGGCAUUUACAAGUCACUAAUUACCAGACAACUCACAUAAGAGAAAGUUGAAAAUUGUAGGAAAAUGUACUCCUGGAAGUCAGCACUCACUGUACAUCAGGAAACUCAUACUGGAGAGAAACAAUGUGCCAACAGUGUACUGAAAGGCAGGGCUCAUUUUAUAUCAGAGGACUCAAACAAAAGUGAAACCUCAUGAAUGUGAAAAAUAAGAUAUCUUUCUCUUGGAAAUUUUAUUUUAGUAAGCAUCUGAAAACACUGGGGAGAAACUUCAUGAAUGUAAGGAGUAAAAGAGUCUUUCAUUUAUAAGUCAGCCCUCAAUGUACAUCAGAAAAUUUACAAAAGAAAAACCAUGUAAAAAUCAGUGAAGCAAUAGAAAUUCUUUAAUACAAGUCAGCCCUUACUGUAUAUUAGAGGACACAAGAGUAAGUACAGUAAAUGGAAAUGAUAUCUAAAAACAUUUUCAGAGUAAUCAUUCCAUACUCUACAUUAGAGCACACACACAGAAGAGGAAUUCUGUUAAGUGUGGGAACUGUAGUGAAACCUGCAAAAAGCCAUAAUUCACUGUGAAUCACAGAACUCUCAGAUCAGACAUCUAAUAAAUGUGAAAAAUGAAGGAAUCUUUUUACUAGAAUUUGAAGCUCACCAUACAUCAGUAAACUCAAAUGGAAGAAAAUCCUUCAUAAUGUAAACUGUGCGAUAAAUCCUUGAAUUGUUAUUAAAAAAUAGGAGUUGGUCUCUGAAGGUAACAAAGUUGAAGUUUUUUGUUUGUUUGUUUGUUUUCAAAUUUAGCUUUGAUUCAGCAAGCCACAGUUCUUAAAAUUAAGGGUGAUGAUAUCUAUGUCUAUAAACCAGGGCCAUUUCAGUAGUCUGGUGAAUAAGAUCUUAGAAUUUUCCAACUACAUAAGCAAAACACUUAUUUUGGCAAGCUUCUUUUUUUUAAGAGAGAUUUUUGAUAUAGGGCAUACGUGCUCUAUGGAGAGACAG